UUCAUAUAAGAUAUAAAAAUAUGGCAUUUAAGUGCAAGUGUGUGUGUGUUGCAGUGUUGUUUCUUUGUUCAAUCAUCAAUUUCGAUGAGUUGCUCGCGUAAAAAUCUUAAUUAAACACAAAGCAAAUUUAAUUCAACGAAAAAUGAUGAAUUCUACUGAACAUGCUGUUUGCGGAUGAACAAACGAGUUUUCCACACAACUUGAAACAAUUGGCAAACACUCAUCACCACAACAAUAACAACAACUCGUCGUGCGGCAAUCGCUGCAGUUUUGUUGACGCCACUUCAACGCCACCAGCAAAUCACUCAACAGCAGCAAUAUUGAAUAGGCGCACAGCAGUGCUAAGGAAAGCGCAAGCGACACAAAUUGCCGCAACAAAAACAAAAGCAAAGCAGUUUACAGAAAAUGAAGUAAGUGAGUUGUUGCAUGCCCUAAGCGCGAAAAUAAAAAUUGCACUCGAAACAGAAACAACAACUGGGUGUAGACGAAGCCACUGCAAUACACAUAAGCCGCGUCGCAGUAACAACAACACCAACAAUAAGAACUAUAUACAUAACAACAACAUAAACGAAAAGAAAAGCAGGAAAACUGACCAACCCGACGAUUUUAUGGGUCGAGCCACUGUUUUCUCCUCUACUCCACAUCGUUUCCAACCACAGUCUCUGUCUCACCUUGCUUUGCCACCACCCAGCUGA